CCGAUUCAGCUCCAGCCCGGACUGACACUCGUUUGUGUUUAUUAUUAUCGAUGACAGUUCGGUAAUUGCUGGCAAUGUGUUCUUGCGAGUGUGGAAAUUUUUUAUUCGUGAAUUUAGAAUUUCGUUUCUACCAGUGAUGUGAUUUCUUCUGUGGAUAGUAGAGCCAUUUUAACACGAUGGAGUCUAAGAAGAGUGGUCGUAUGUGGAGCCCCACACACGUUCAAGUCACAGUUCAAAGAGCCAGAAAUUUACUGACCAAAGGGAAACAUGGGACCAACAACUGCUUCGUUGUCAUUGCUUUGGAUAAGGAAAAGUAUCAAACGUCGGUCAAGGAGAAGGCAACGGACACGGUUGAAUGGCGUGAAAAAUGUGAACUGCAAAUUCCAGAUCAUGGAAACACAGCUGAAAUCAUUCUAACUGUGCUGCAUCAUAACAUUUUUGGCAUUGAUGAAUUUUUAGGUUGUGUCACCAUUCCAUUAGCUGAAUUAGAUGUUUAUGAAUGGCCAAAAAAUAGGUGGCUGAAACUGCGCGACAAGCCAGGAAAAGAUAAGGACAAGGACCGAGGGGAACUAGAGGUCAAAGUUGGUUUCACAGUCAAAGGAGAAAAUGAACUGAUCAAAAAAGAAAAACAUCGUUCCUCGCUAGGACAAAUUUCACACACAGCCUCUACUUUAGGAGGAAGUUUGAUUAGUCUCAGUAGUGUUGAUAAAAAAUCUUUCAAAAAAUUGGCAAAAUCAAUUGGUUUCAAAAUGGAUGGAGGAAAUAAAGUGAGAAGAGAGAAAAAACUGCGCGAGGAGGGUAACUUUAAAGGGUCUGGUUCAAUAUCAGGACUUGCAAUCGACACGAGGCCGUCAGUGCAACGUAAAGGAGAUGCAGAUCCUGGAGUCAUCAGUGACGAUGAUGAAUUUGCUUUUGAAGAUUUAUCGCAACGAGGCUCAACUGGAUCUCUCAGUUUUACUCAGACUAACACGCCAGUCAGUGGAUCAAUGGAGAAUCUUGCUGGUGGAGAAUUUCUGCGGAAAUCAAUCGCCAAUAGUUCUGUUGGUUCAAAUCCCUCAACAACAAGUGCUCCUGCGAAACCACCUCGUGCCACUCCGCCAGAACCCAAAGUCGAUGAAUGGGAGCAGAAGCUUUAUGCGAAAAAAGAUAAAGACAUCAGUGUCAGCAAUCUAAGGAGACAUCAUGCCUCCUUUGGUCCUGCAGAUGUGAAAGAUAGUUUGUCUCCGGAGACUCCCUCAUCGACGCCAGGCACUCCUGCUACCCGCAAGAAUAUGAAAUUAGUCGGUGCGUCGGAGAAAAGCACGAGUAUGACUCCUCCGCCCACUGAAAAACAAAAUCAUUCUACCAAGAGUAAAGAUGAUUGGGGGUGGGGGAAAGCCAAACAACUAAUAUCGCGAGCCACUCAGGCAGAUUUGAAAGCUCUACAAAAUCUAAGUCCGAAGAUGCCAUUUGAAAGAAUAAUAAUUGGAGGUGAAAACGAGAAGAACGUUUCUUCUCGUUUGUCUCCAGAGAUCGCACAGAAGUUCCAGGGUAAAACAAGAGAUGACCUGAUUUUACUAGCCCACGAUUUACAAAAUCAGCUCAACACUGUCUCAAAACAGAAGAAAGAUUUGGAAGAAUACUUAGAUAAUCUCUUGCUGCGAGUCAUGGAAACAUCUCCUCGAAUUCUCCAGACCCCGUUUCUUUCGUGCAAAAGUCAGGCCAAUAUAAAGUUCUGAUAGUGAGAACGGUGUUCAUUUAUCUGUGCCUUGUCCGUGUUGUUAGUUUUUUCCACGACAUGUCUGAAGUCUAGAAAUUAGAAGGGUAGCUUCGGUAGCGUGGGUUCGUCUCACUCACCUCCGCUCACUGUUUGCAGCAAAGGAUUUGCGGCUUCUUUGUGUAGCAGCUUUUCUCUACCACUGAGAACCUGUAGCUUACAGGUUUUACAUCACAUAUCUUUAACCUAGAGAUUCUCUUCACCUGGACGGACAUUAAUUAACAAUUCAUUAACAUUUGGAAACUUAUUAAUUUUUACUUCUUUCGGAUUGAAAACAAUUAUAUUCAUCUCUGCUGUUAAAUUAUAUUCAUAUGCUGCACCUCUCACUCCUCCUUCACCCCCAUGUAGAAUCCGUAAUUGGAAUUUUAAGAACUUUCUUGUAUUUCCCUUUUACCCUUCCCCCCCCCCUCCCCCUUUACUUCCCUAGGAAAUCUGUUGAUCUUAGAUCCAAAUUAUCCUUUCAAAUGUUCCUUGUUACUCCAUACUGACGAAAAAUCAGUAAUAUUUUAAAACAUUUUGAACAAAAUUUACUUUUUCAA